CAAACAGCAACAUAUAUCCUCCCCUUUUCCCACCCGCUUGCCUCCCAUACUAAAAAGUCUUUUGGAAAGGCGAGCUGGGAAGCAGUCAGCUCUGAGACGCACUCGAUUCAGGUCGCAUACGAAACCUCUUCAGCCGCACUCUUCAUUCAGAUUGGAAACCGCUUGCUGCCAACAGAAGAAGAAAAAAAGUCCCUCAACUGUCACGAGCCCUACAGCCUCGUUCGAAUUACCUCUUGGGUAUCGUCUAACUAGCAAAAAAAAAAAAAAAGAGUCUCUAAUUCGGGUCGCAAUAAAGAGGAAGGAAGGCAGAGCCCAUAAUACGAAAUAAAAAAAGAAAUCAUGAAGUGGACGCUGUUCUUACUGUUGGUCGUCGGUGCUGUCGUCCUGGCCGCUUCCCAGGAUCUGGAAGAAGAUAACGAGCUCUUUGCCGAUGAUCAGGACGAAGCUUCGACGACCGAGGACAACAGCAGCACCGAAGAGGACGAAGAUGACCAAGUCAAUCUCCGCGUCGUUCGAUCGGCUACCCAGCCGGAAGGAGCAGGAAGAGGCCGCAACAGGGGAGCUGCCAGAGGGAACGCAGAGCAAGGAGAAAGACGCCGCCGGGGAGAGGGUAAAGCUUGCCGCUACACCAAGGGAGCCUGGACCGAAUGUGACACGGCCACCAAUCAACGCACCCGCAGUCUGACGCUGAAGAAAGGCGACAGCAGCUGCGAACCGUCCAAGACUAUCACCAAGAAAUGCAAAAAAGGCGGUGCAGGCGGAGCCGGUCGCCGUAACAGGAACUAGAAAAACGAUAAGAAAAUUGAAAAACUAAAAAAAAAAAGGAAGAAUAAAAUUACAAAAGGUCGCCUACUCAACAAACUUGCUAGCCUGGGAUUUCAAACGAAAAAGAGGAGAACUAAGUAGUUAGAGCAAAAACAUGGAGAGAUCAGUACGCAGAUCUUUCAUAUCCAGCGAAAAAAGGAAAUAAUUAUGUCAACCAGCAGCCAUCAGUGAAAGUGAUCAUUUUUUUUUUUAUGUUCCAAGAGAAAACUCCCACACAGACCACGAUGAUUUCUACACACUUACGUUUCCGUUACGCCAUUAGUUGACGACACUGUUUUACUAUCAGCGCCGGCCAUGCAUUUCCUGUCAUUCUGUUUUGCUCGCAGGAUCAUCUCUCCCCCCAUUGUUCGUUAGUUUGCCAUCAGCCUCUCAAAUGGGUGGCAGCGCACACACAGCCUCUUUUUCAUCGCAGCCAACGCUUUGUUUGUUUAAAAAAUAAAAAUAAAUACAAAAAAAUAUUCUUUCUCCAUUUUUGUGUUUGUGUGUGUCUGCGCACGCGUACAGCACAAUAUCAUUCACGUCCGAGAAAAUCCACCCGUUUCCCCCCCAAACAUUUUCUCCGACGCAUUUUAUGCUAUUAAAAAUAUCUCUCUCCUUUUAUAUAAUCCUCUUAUCGGUCAAUGUAAUCGCUAAUCGUUUUCAUCAAUUUCUAUAAUCUAGUGACAACAGAAAAAAAAAUACACAUACAUUACCCUUCCA